AUGAGCAAAUACGAGUUACAAGCUGAGGCGUUACAAGCUUCUGGAAUAUCAGUAGAGAAGUCACAAGAAGCAAUCAAUCUUGCACCUUCCAUAUUUGAUCGACUCGGAAUUGACGGAUUUCAGGAACUUUCUACCCUCUUCUACAAUAGGGUCUUUGACGAUGACGAUCCUCGCUUCAAGAGCAUAUUUUCCAGUAGUACAAAGCUAGAGGCUAUUGAAAAUCAAUACAGGUUUUUUGUACAGACAUUCGGAGGACCCGAUCUAUACAGACAAACAAAAGGAAAGUAUACAAGACUUGUUGGUAGACACGCAAACUACAGCAUAGGAAAGCAAGCUGCGCAUCGUUGGGUGGAGCAUAUGGAAGCAGCGAUGGAGGAGCAUUCUGUGUUGUCAAAGGAUGAAGAAGCUCGCAAAUGUUUAGUAGACUAUUUCAAAUACACUGCUCAAUACAUUGUGGUGGCAAGUAAAUUCAUGAGAUCGGAUCAGCUGAGUGGGGGGACUAGUGUCGACAAAGGGCGUGUUUGGUAG